AAAAAUCGAUUACACACUAAACUUAAAAUAUCACACAUAUGUAAGCAGCACACCAAAAUCGACGUGGUACAUCACCGAACCCGCUAUUUCCACUGCAAACAUACACAGAUGUAGUUGGAAAACCGAUAAUAACAGUUGGGGAAGUUUACAGCCAAGCCAACGAGCCAACAUAGCCACAUCAAAUGUUGGUGUGUGUGGCCAAUGUUGGGUUCGGGGCGGGUGGUAGAACCUCCCUUCAUUGCACGUUCGGACGCCGGGGGCUCGCGUCGUGUCGCCUUCCCGACACAAACUUAACACGCGAUCGAUGUUUACCGCGGACAAAUUUAAUUAUUGUGAACUAAACUUUAGUGAUAUUGAUAAAUAAACCCGUAUUGUGCACUUAAUUGUUAAGUUUAAGAUGAGCCACAGCCGUUUGUGUUACACGAUGGACAGAUGAUAAUAUAAUCGUGAAUCAUUGAGUCAGUGUUCAUUGACAAUAAAAUAUGGUGAAAAGCUUGUAACAGAGCUUCGAAUAGAAAUAAUUGUGAUAGUAAAAAUAUGGUGAAAGCUGUAUAACAGAGUUUGGAUUAGAGGGUUACUGUAGUGUUAGUUGGUGAAGAAAGUGGUGGCUUAGUGGCGGCAGUCGCGCAGGCGGCGCCGCGUGGUGGGGUGGUGGCUCGCUGGUGCUUGUGUCUGGUGGCGGGCGCCGGGUCAGCUGGGGCGCAGCGCAGCCCGCUCGGCUGGGCCAUGGGCAGCUCGCAGCGACUAGCCGCGGUGGCGGCCGUGUCCCACGCACGACACUACUACAACCACACGCAACCAGACGUACUGCAGACUGAGACCUCCUCGUACAAUAUCAAUAUAUUCUUCGUCAGUGUAACGUUAUGUGGUGUGCUGGUGGCCGUCUGUGCAGCCUGCUGGCGCAGGUCUCCAGCAUCAGACAAGCCGGAGGACAACACUGACUGCCAUGGAGUCUACACCGUCAGUGGAGACACAAGGCUGACACAGGAGCAGUUGGAAAUGCCCGGGCCACCGCCAGCGUACGAGACUGUAGUCGAAGGCCCUCCAAAUAUCAAGGACUGUCAUUCAUUGCAGGAGGUGGUGACAGAGCCAUGUAUACGAUGUCAGGGUGGAACACGAUGCGACAGCGGUCUACCAUCAUACGAGGCAGCUGUUCUCCUGCGGGACACCAAGUUAUAAUACCUGGAACAGCUGCAACUACCAAGUAAUAUAGCCUUUACGAAGCACCAAGUAAAAUGCCUUGAGGGCCUUAGCAGACCGUGCACGACCACCGACAAUUAGGUAGACUAAGUAACUUAUAAGUAACGUUUGUAUAUUUUGUCUUUUAAGUUAUAAAACGCACUGCACCGUUAUAGGUAUAAAGAUGCAGGUCAAACUACUCCAAUCUAACUUCGUUGGAUUUUCAACUCAAUAUCAAGAAGAUAAGAGUUGAAAAUCCGUUAAAAUUUUGACAGAAUAGAGUAGUUUGAAGUGCUGGUGUCGACAUAACAAUUAAGUACUUAUUGAUUAAAGAUUAAAAUACAAAAUCCAUUGUCAGUUAUCUAAACGUUGUUAUAAAACAAUUAACCUAAUUAAUUUCGGAUUGAAAUUCGAAUUAGUUUUCAGCGAUUAUAAUGAUGUUUGGUUGUUUGUUUGAUCGCGUUUCUAUUAAUUAUGGGGUUCUGUAUUCAGUAAUACGAGUAAAUAAAUCAUUGUAUCACAUCAACAGACUAUAAGUGGCCACUGCUGACCAAAUGCCUCUUCUCACACGAAGAAAGUUUGAGCAUUAUCACCACGCUUGCUCAAUGCUGGGUGGCAAUUUCCAACUUAUGUCCGAAUUAUCAAACGCUACUCAAUUUUAAGUCACUCUCAAGACUAGAUCUGUCACUAUCAAUUCUUUAUAAAAUGACAGAGAUAGCACGAUAUUUAAGUACAACUUAAAAUUGAGUAGCAUUUCAGUAUUCGGGCGUUAUAAUCAGAUAUUAUAAGCUCAGGUUUUCUCACGAAUGUUUUCCUUCACCAUAAAUCAUUGUGUAGAACUAAAAUACUAGGCUCAUUUCUAGUUUGCAAAAUGGUUCCCGUUAGCUACUUAGCUUCUGUAAACAACAUGAAAGAGAUCUGACGUUCUCAGCUCUAAGAAUGCCCUCACGAGUCAGUCGGCUUGUUUUUUCAUUGUUCUAUGAGAACUAACUACGCUUAGGCAGUUGUCCCACCAACGGCGAGUGAACGACUAACUAUCGGCUAUUUUCUCGCUCAAGAAACGUACAAUAGAUAUACUUUCCGUGUAAACAAAAGAGAUGCAUAUACAAAUAGUUGAUCGCUGACUGUUCACACUGCCGGCGAGUGCUCGCUUCACUUGUUUGUUUUUGUUUUCACUCGUUUCUAGUUCUAGCUCUACUCGUUACUCGUUCAUCGUUGCCGGUGGGACAACUGCCUUAGGGACGUGAAAUUAAUUCAGGGGUAUGUUUGUUCAGCUACCUAUAUCUAUCUAUAUUUUGACAAGUGACCGUCAUUCUAUUGUUUCUUACUUUAAACGAGUGAAAAUUAUU